AUGUGUGACGGCCUUGCAUCUAAACCCAACCCGGUGAACCUCACAGGCGCCGCGGACUUCGACAGGCCCGUCUUCAAUUACGGGGAAUUGCGAAAGAAGGGAGGAACACUCGCGAGUGACCCCAAUGUCACCUCCGUGACGGUAGUUGGUGCAAGCAAGAUUGGCUACGAUGCAGUAUACAUGUUUGCCGGGCAUGGCAAAAAGGUAGACUGGGUCAUUUGCAAAUCCGGUGGAGGAGCAGUGUGGAAGUCACCGCCUUGGAUCAAGAUGGGUCCGUGGACGGUGAUGCUUGAGCACAUUUUCAGUCCUUGCAUCUGGGGCGAUUUUGACGGCUUUGGCUGGAUACGAGCGUUUCUGGCAAGGACUAGAGUGGGUAGGUGGUUGACAGACAGCCUGUGGGAGAAGAUUCGGGUGGAUACGGUUGAUGGUAAUGGGUAUAGGAAGGGGCAGAGUUUAAAGCACCUGGAGCCGUGGGAGAGUCGGCAUCUUGAACUACAACACCGACGUGCACGACCUCCUCCGUUCCGGCCAGGUCACGAUCCAUCACAACGACAUUUCCCUAUCGCAAGGCGGCAAGACGCCGUCGUCCAGAUCACAGGCUGGCAACUCACACCCACAAUCACAUGGAAAUCUGACGGCAUCGACGCAUCAAUCGGCAUCCCAAGCACGAACUACUCCCUCGAAAACCACAAAUUCUGGAACGACCUCGAUCAAAAAGCAGACUCCCAUAUCCUCCACCAAUUCCCACGCCUAAAGACCCCACCCACCAAAAAGCUCCUCUUCACCCAACCCAUCACCCCAAUGCGCCUCUACCGCGGCGUCGCCCCACCCGGCCUCACAGCCUCCGGCGACCGCUCCCUCUGCUUCCUCAAAAUGGUCCACUGCACCUCCAACCUCGUCCUCGCCGAAACCCAGGCUCUCUGGGCCUUCGCGUACCUCAACGACAAGCUGGACAUCGAGGAGCAGAACGUCCACUGGGACACGGCACUUACGAGUAGGUUUGGGAAGUGGCGGUAUCCGUGGGGGUUUUCGCAGUGGUAUCCGGAGUUUGUGUAUGAUGCGGUUCCGUAUGCGGAUAUGUUGUUGACGGAUUUCGGGGUGAGGAGGUGGAGGGAGGUGUUUGAGGGGUAUUCGGUGAGGGAUUUGUGGGGGAUUUGUGGGGAGUGGGUGGAGAGGCAGGGGGAGGGGGGAGUGAGUAGAUUGUGA